AUGAAUUGUGUUCAGUAUGUUGCUUGCGUUUGUUGUGGUAGACAAUUAUAUCCCAUAUGUUCCGCUUGUGACCAGGAUCAAGUAAAUAAAGGAUUAAAACGUUCCUUUACCUGCAUUUCUGAUGGAGAGAGAUCCAAUGAUCGUCUUUUUCAAAGACAACGAACGGCAGAAAUAAUUAGUAACGUUAGCAAUCAAGUAGGGGAAUUAACAAUCAAUGAUCCAGAGUCUAGUGAGGGUGCUCCUAUGGUUGAAUAUGUUGAAGAAGUUAUGCGCGGAUCCGGUGCCGUCAUUGAUGCUCUUUCCUCUGCUCUACCUUAUGGAGAAGUGAUCGCAAAAUUUUUUAAGGUCGGCGAAGAAAUCGUUUCUUUACAUAAUAAAGCUGAACAUAAUAAGGAAAUUUGCGGAUUCUUCACUGUCAGAGUCAAUGCCGCGAUGUCUGCGGUAAGGGAUUUAAGAGGAAAUGAAAAUCUCUUCAUGGAAGAAAAUUUUAAACUCUUUAAAGAAUUCGUACACUGUAUGAAAAAAAUUAAACAAUAUGUUUCCGAAAUAUCGCAACUUGGGAGACUGAAAGUAUGGCUCCAAGGGAGUUUGAUUGAACAAAAAUUUAAAGACCUUACUACAGAAUUCGAGGGCUAUAUGCAAUCCUUAAAAUUCACGCUCGAUUUACAAUACAGUCAUGACUUAAGGUCCUCUUUGAGAAUGGUCGCAAAAGAUGUUAGAGAAGUUAAAGAGUUUCUUUCCCGCGUCAAAGGUGGCAUUGCUGAUUCGUCUAAUCAGAAUAUCUCAUCAAAAAUUCCGCAAGUUCUUAAAAUGAAUCUCGGUUUUCGCAAACAUGAAUUUGAUUCACAUGAUUCGAUCAGCUCUUUUCAAUUGUUAAAUGCCAAAUCGUAUGAGAAAGCCUCUAGCGGUCAUAGGAAAAGAAUCACGAAGAGAUAUAAUCCUUUUCGCGAAGAAGUAGCAUUCAAGGAAUUUACUAUCACUUCCUCCAAAUCGGAAAAAGAGAUUUGCCAACAAGUUAAAAUCCUAGAACAUUUAAGUCAAUCACAACACAUAAUUAGAUUUUAUGGUAUUGUAAAGGAAGAAUUGUGUUAUUUCUUGGUGACCGAGUGGAUGGAGAAUGGAAAUUUACUCGAAUUUUAUGAAAAACAUCCAAAUUUUUCGUGGGAGAAGAAAUUCGACUUCGCUUUAGACAUUUGCCGUGGCCUAAUAUUUUUAAACGCCGUGCAGAUUUUCCACCAUGAUCUGCGAGGUGCUAAUAUGUUAGUUGACAAGAAUCUAAAAGUAAAAGUUGCUAAUUUUGGUUUGAGCCGAAGAUUCAAUGAAAUCACAAGGAACAUUAAAACAAGCCUCGAGACCAUGAGAUAUAUGGCUCCCGAAAAACUAAUAAAAGGUGAAGAUCAACCUUAUGAUAUUAAAUGCGAAAUUUACAGUCUUGGAGUACUCUUAUGGGAAAUCGCCGAAGAAAAAGUGCCAUAUUCAAAUAGUGAUCUCGAAUUUGCCACUAUUCGCGAUCACGUAAUUAAAAAUAAACGUGAACCCUUAUCUCAUGGUACACCUGAGAUAUGGAAAAGCGUUGUAGGAGAUGCUUUACAAUUUGAUCCAGAUGAUCGCCCAGCGAUUUCUGUAAUUUUUAAUAAGCUUCACAAGUACACAAUGUCACAAAAAGAACAAACAGUAAUUGAAAUUGAAUCAGAUGGAGAGUCUGUCAUUGAGCUAGACAUUUGUAACAUUUCUGCUGGACACAUGAGUGUUCAAGAAGCAAUUAAUGAACAUAAAAGGGGAAACAAGCAAAAGGCCUGGGAGUGUUUCUCUCAUCAUGCUGGAAAUGGAGAUAUGCUUGCAAAGUAUUGGGUUGGCUAUUAUCUCUAUUAUUCUGAAAUUGGUGAACUCAAGAAAAAUGCAAAAGAAAAUCUCGUAAGGGCAGCCCAGCUAUUUAAAGAAACUGCUGACAACGGAAAACCUGAAGGACAACUAAGAUAUGGAACUUGUCUUUGGUUGGGAAAGGGCGUAAAAACCAACUACAAUGAAGCAAUCAGAUAUCUAACAUCAGCGGCAGACAGUGGCAAUGUAGAGGCCAUGUAUAAUGUCGGAGGUGCUUAUUACAAUGGAACGGGUGUCGAGAAAAACUCAGAAAAAGGAGCUACUUAUUUGAGAGCGGCGGCUAAGAGAAAAAAUAUUAAAGCAAUUGAAGUAUGCAAAAAGUAUGGAAUUGAUUAUCUAAAUACGUUUUAG